AUGGAUCAAUUGCUCGAUGUGGAAACUCUGAAGAAUCUGUCGCCAGAACAGCAGGAGCAAGUCAUCAACGGAGUCAAACAGCAGGCAGCCCUUGCCAAUGCACAGAACCUUGUUACUGAUAUCUCGGAAAAGUGUACAAAUAAAUGCAUCACUGCACCAGGAAGCUCACUGGCUAGUGGUGAGAAGCAGUGUCUUCAACGAUGCAUGGAUCGUUUCAUGGAAUCGUGGAAUCUUGUCUCUCAAACUCUCCAGAAACGUCUUCAAGAUGAAAUGGCUUCAUCCGGAGGAAUGAGCGCCGGGUUUGGACAAGGACCAUCAUUCUCUUAA